AUUUUUUCAAAAAUGUUAAUUUGUAGGUGUGUGUUGGUGUCUUGAUGUUUGUCUGUGUGUAUGGUUACCCUCAGGGGCCCCCACCAGGAGGAGAAGGACCCCUAGCUUUCCCUAGACCAGGGGCAAACGGAGAUUAUGCAGCAGGAGAUUAUUUCCAGUACAUCAAUGUACCGGCUCACAAGGUUUUUGAGUGGGGAUACAGGAGAGGAAACCCCAGUCAUAACAGGGAACAAUAUCUUUCACAGAAGGAUCACACAUUCAAAUCUAAGCUAAAGUGGAGUGAUGCCUACGGCGGACAUGGCGAGCAUUACUUUGAUUACAAUCACGGCGAUUCCUACAAAGAGCCCGCCCCUGCAUACCAACCAGCCCCCGCCUAUGCCUCCGAACCUGAGCCUGUUUACGAACCAGCUCCUACACUUUAUAAAUCUCGCAGAUAAACCAAAGAAUCUCAAAAUAUGAAAUUUCUAUUUAUAAAAUGACAGCGGCAGUUAUAGCGCCAUUUUUUAUUGUCAAUGUUGACAAUCAGUGCCAUUAUAUUGUUGGCGGGGUAUAUUCAUUCUAGAAUAGACAAAUCAAAAUAUGUAUUUUCAUGCAAAUGUACUUUAGUGAAAAUAAAUGAUUUUUGAACCA